UAUAUUAUAUUAUUAUUAUAUUACAUGGAUAAGAUUGGUUGGAUUGCUUUGGAUUUUUGGAUUUGGACUGGACUGCUUGUUGAUUUGGAUUGCCCUUUUGGAUUUGUUUGCUUUUUUUGUGACCUCUUAAUGGAGCCAGCAAGAAAGAGGAAAUCCUCCCCUGUCUGGGAGCAUUUUGAAAUGGUUGCUCACAAUAAGGUGAAAUGCUUGCUGUGCCUGAAGGAGCUGACAUACAGCAAUAACACCUCCUCCAUGCUCAGGCAUUAUCGAGCACUGCAUGAACAUGCAGAAACUAGUAACAAUCCACACAGUACUCAAAAUUCCAAAAAAGAAAUGGUGAAUGAGGCCCUGGUGAACAUGGUCGUCAAGGACUCCCAACCCUUUUCCAUUGUUGAAGAUGCUGGAUUUAGGGAGCUCCUGCAUGUGUUGGAUCCUACUUAUGUUAUCCCAACUCGAAAGGUAUAUGAUUAAUAAAGUGGUUUAUAAUUAUUCAAGCAGUUAAUUAAAAGUAACUGCAUUUCUU